UUGAGGUUAAUAUACCCGAGUUUAAGUUACUUAAACAAUGUCGCAAAGAAUUAAGAAUGUUAAAGCAAUUGUGGGACUAUGUUUUCAUAGUUCAAACCUGCAUUGAGGAUUGGAAGACCACACCCUGGCGUAAAGUUGAUGUGGAAAAUAUGGAUAUUGAGUGUAAAAAAUUUGCCAAAGACAUACGUCUUUUGGAUAAAGAAAUGCGCACUUGGGAUACUUUUAUUAAUUUAGAAUCGACGGUGAAAAAUAUGUUGACCUCUUUAAGGGCAGUAGGGUGAACUACAAAAUCCCGC